AAUUUCCAAGGUGGUGAAUUAGCAAGAUCAUUAUUGUUAUUCAAAAAAGGUAAUGUAUUAUCUGAAAAUGGAUUAAAUUCAUUAAAGGUUUAUGGAGCAAAUGCUUUUGGAUUAAAUAAAUUAUCUAUUACCAAAAGAUUAGAAUAGGUUGAUCAACAUUUUUCAGAAAUCUUAGAUUUAAAUUCAGGAUUAUGGAGAAAAGCUGAUGAACCUAUGUUAAUUUUAGCUUUUUGUUUUGAGUUACAAGGUUAUAAUAAGGAUCCAUUAAACUUUAUUUCUAGAUUACCAAUUUAUUUAGAUGCAACAUAUAAUGGUGUACAACAUUUAGCUGCAAUGAUUUCUGAUUUUGAUCUAGCUAGUAAAGUUAAUUUAGUUGAAUCUGAUAUGAAAGAUGAUCCUAAUGAUCUUUAUAGUUUAAUGUUAAAUCCUAUUAAUGAAGAAAUUAGGAAAAUAGAGGAAUGUGAUUUAGAGUAUGCCAGAUUAAAGGGUUUAGUAUUAAAUAGAAAGAUUGUAAAAAGAAGUUUAAUAACUAUUUCAUAUGGAGUUAAGAUUAAAGGAUGCUACUUUCAUGAAUAUCAUAUCAAUCGUAACAUCAAUCUAUUAAAUUAAUUAUAAUGGUGUCAUGGUACUAUUAUUUACUUACACAUUUUUGUGAACUUUUGGGUUAAAUCCAAUAAUAAAAUGGCG